AUGUACACACAGACACAUGUACAUGCAUGCACAGACACACACAAACACACACACAUGUACACACACACAUGCACGCUGAUAAGUGCUCUCUCCUCUCCCCUGAAGCCACCAUUGGCUGACAUAGAGGAUCACAACCCUAUAAAAAGUUGCAGUACUUCGUUGUUCACUCACAGAGCCGGGUAAUGCACUCUAGGGGGAGGCAGAGAGCACAGCACACACUCCUUCCUUUGCUUUCACUGCGCUCAGCUAUUGAGCAGUCUGACGGCUCCCAGUGCCAAUGACAGACCUGCCUGAGCUCAGAACCUGCUCAGCAAGACGGCCCUGUGGGAAACACUCAUCGCCACCAUAAUUUCCACUCGCCUUUGGUGAGCAGGCGAGUGGAAAUUUCAAGGCCUG